AUGUCUGCUGAAAACCAAACUGUCGAACAAGCUACUGCUGAACUACCCAUACAAGCGUUGCUUCAGCAGUUGAAGAUACACCCACACGCGCCGUUUGGUGAACAAGGGGCUCCCAAUAAUAGAGGCGAUCAUAUACAAGCUGCCAGGGAUCAAAUUGAUAAAGCGCUUCAAACUAUGGUUGCAGAUACAAAUCUUCCUCUUGGACCAAAUCAAGCUCUUAAGAUAACCUAUGACGUGAGAUUGCCUAUGCGCGACAAACCUUUACUUCAGAUGGAGAUGACACCACGUAACACCAACCUUGAUACCAUAGCCAAAAUGAUGGAUGUUGCUACCCGUUGCGUCCUCGAUGCCUAUGUGGACAACAUCAAUGCGAGUAUUAUUAUUAACCCAGAAUGA